AUGGUUUAUCCGGCCUUAUCAGCACUUCUGCUGGUGUUCCACCAACUAUUCUACUUGGUUUCUGGAGCGGAGUUCUACUCCUCCAUACACGAGAUGACCAAAGUUUUCGGUUACGAGCAGAAAAUGCUGCUGCAUAUGCAGAAAUUCCUAGCCGAUAAUCAGGGAAAAUUGGAUUUCUUAAAAGCACGGCUGCGGGAGUUCGAGAUUGAGCGGGACGAGGCCCGUGAUUGGGGUCCAUCCUAUUUGGACAGUCCCCUCAACAAGUAUCUGCUGAAUAAAAGACUAACCGUAGAUUGGCAGCGAGUGGAAAACCUCAUGGUGACAUCGACAGGCGAGAAGUCACUGGGUCGUCUAAGGAAGCUAAGGAAUCGGGAGACACUGCCCAAAAAACGAGAUCUGGAGGGAGCCAUAGAUGGCCUGCUGAAACUGCAGUUUGUCUACAGACUGGAGGCCAAGGACAUAGUCAGAGGAGUGUUAGAUGGCGUAGAUCAUGGCACCCAACUGAGCUCUGAGGAUUGUGUGGAUAUAGCCAGAUUGGCUCUGAGCUACCAUCAUCCCCGAUUGGCUCACUCCUGGCUGAUUGAAGCCGGAAAUCGCUUGCCAGGCGGAGAAAAGGCAGAGGAACUCAGACCACAGGUGCUGGCUCUUCUCGUGCAGGCAAAGGCGGAGUUGGAGGACUUUCGGGGUCUCAAUGACACCUACCAGGAGCUGAUAAAAAUUCAACCGGCCAGUGAGGAGCACGCUCGGAAUUACGAAAGCUUUCUGCAGUCCCUGGGCGAAAAAGCGUUGGUAAAUGACUCCAAACCCAUACUUGAACAUGCUCCCGUUCCUGAGGAGAGCCAGGUUGUGGACCCGUUCCAGGCCUUCUGCCUCACCUGCAGUGGCCAUUGGCAACUCACUCCCAAGGAGCGGCGCCAUCUCCGCUGUGGUUACGUCACCGAAACGCAUCCCUUCCUCUGGAUCGCUCCCCUCAAGGCGGAGGAGCUCUUCCAGGACCCGCUGCUCGUGGUAUACCACGACGUCAUCUACCAGAGCGAGAUCGACGUGAUCAGGCAGCUGACCAACAACCGGCUGGUUCGGGCCAUGGUGACGGGCGCCAACGAGUCGGUGGUCUCCAAUGUCCGCACCAGCCAGAUCACCUUCAUUCCCGCCUCGGCGCACAAAGUGCUGGCCACCAUCGAUCAGAGGGUGGCGGACAUGACCAACAUGAACAUGAAGUAUGCCGAGGACCACCAGUUCGCCAACUACGGGAUCGGUGGCCACUACGGGGAGCACAUGGACUGGUUCGAUCAGAUUUCUUUUGAUGCUGGCUUGGUCUCCUCUCCGGAACUGGGUAACCGCAUUGCCACAGUUCUUUUCUAUCUCUCGGAUGUUGCACAGGGUGGAGGCACAGCCUUUCCACGACUACGGACACUCGUAAAGCCAAAAAAAUACGCAGCUGCCUUCUGGCACAAUCUGCACGCCUCUGGAGUCGGAGACGUUCGAACUCAACACGGCGCCUGUCCCAUAAUUUCCGGUUCCAAGUGGGUGCAAAAUCGCUGGAUUCGAGAGAUCGACCAAUCAGAUCGGCGACCCUGCGAACUGUGGGAUGAUUCGUUGGCUACCUACGCCCAGAUUUUGGAAGUGGAAAAACGGAUGGAGGCAGAGGCAGCCUCUCGAAAAGUUUAACUAAGUUUAAGUAAGCAAUCGAGUCAAGUUUGCGGUGAACCAAGUUCUUGUAUAGGGCUGUAAGUAUACGAAAAUAUAGAUUGAGAUAAAGAAAUGCUUAAAUA